CUGGAUGUCACUAUAGCCGCCAUCAACACUACGAAAGAUCUUGUUCCUAUUGCGUUAGCGCAAGGCAUCCUCGGAACAAUUGCAAACAUUCUGACUAUUGCACAGUCGGUGAUCAAGAACAAGUCCGAUUUCAAAGCGAUAGCCGACAAGUGCGAGACCAUCAAGGAAAUUCUUGAAAGAUCAAAUCAAUGUUGCCAUCGCCAGAAUCUGAUGGCACUGUCCAGAUCAGUAAACUACAUCAAUAGCGACGUAGAGUCAAAGAAGGAGCAAAGAUUUUUGAGGAGGCUCUUCGCUGUCACGAUUGAUCGUGACAAGAUCGCUGCAUGGGAAAAGGACUUGGAUCGCGUCCUCGGACUGUUCAAUGUACGUUAUCUCCCACUUGUUGCAUUCAAGAACUCCCACUUGAGCAAAUUGAACUCUCACCUAAGAAGCUUCAGUCUGAACAAAUUGCUGCUUACAAAGCCCAUUUCCUUUAUCGAGCCUCCACCACGGCCUGCCAUGCUGUUUGGCCGUGAUGUUCUUGUGGCAGAGUUGACAAACCUUGUCGUCAAUGAUAAGCAUUUGGCGUUGAUCGGCACUGGAGGCAUGGGAAAAAGUUCAUUGGCCAAAGCCAUCAUCAAUGAGCCACUUGUCAGGGACAAAUUUGCUGAUAGGCGCUUCUUUGUAACUUACGAUGGGCUGAAGCCUUCGACCAUCACUCUCGAAAUUUUCAUGGCGCAUUUUGCGGGAGCCCUGGGCAUAGAGAUCUCCAAUGCUGAUCCCUUGUGCCAGAUAUCUACCUUUCUUCGUUCUGCCCGCACCCUCAUUGUCCUGGAUAAUGCUGAGACCUUUGAAGAGGCCAGCGCAUCGUUGGCGCUCAGAGACAUACCGCCGGCCAUUGCCGAAAUAGCUAGUAUCCCUGGCGUCAUUCUGGUUCUCACAUCACACAGUAGAAGGAAUGCACCAAACGUGGAAUGGAUAACAAAGGAUGUUCCAUCACUGGACUUGAGCUCUGCCCAAGCAAGAUGGACCGAUCUACGUAGCAAGGUACUUGAUGGCGGCAAGGGGAAGCUGCAAAGCUUAUCCAACACCAUGCAGCUGUCGCUCAGCUCACCCUCGAUUCAGAAUCUUGGCGAAGAUGGUCUUCGUGCUUUGGCCAUCAUUGCUUUCUUGCCCCAGGGUCUUAACAGAGACUUGGCUAGUGAUUUGUUGCCAUCGCUUCCGCAAGUCGACACUAUAUGCGAUGUUCUCUGCAUACAAUCACUCGUCUAUCGUCAAGACAACUUCCUCAAGAUGCUCGCCCCCAUUCGGCAUUAUGUGCAAGAUUCUUUGCAAGCACAUGACUCCAGGUGUUUGCAAGACAUACGUGCCUUCUACUAUCGCACUAUCGAAUCCUGUUCGGAAGAACGCAACAAGUAUGCUAAUACCAUUACUUCGGAUCACCUAAACAUUGAGCAAGUAGUUGCUUUCAACCUUGCUGAUAUCCCGGAUGAUGCAGAAGAGACCUAUAACGCUUGCUGGCUAUUUUCGGAGCGCUUGCGGUGGCAUCUGCCUCGCCCAACUACUCUUACCCCUGCUAUUUUCAGUAUUCCUGACAACUCUUCUAUGUGGACGCUAAAAGUAAACUGCUUGUUAACUCUUGCAUGGCUGUACAACACCCUUUCUCAGCUCGCCGAAGCAUCACAAGCUUUUCAAGCUGCCGAGGCGCUCUGCCUCACGGCUGGCGACCCCAAGAGGAUGGCGGAUUGUCUUAUAACUCGUGCAGACUCGCUGAGAGCUCAAGGUCGCUUUAUGCUGUCCGAGAAGCUCUUAGAGAAUCUUCAGCACUCCCGCUCUUGGGAGUCUCUCAGUGAAGCAAUGAAAGCCUGA